AUGAAAGUUUUUUCUAAUGUAUCUGAUAUUGCAAACUCAACAAAAUUAGCUCAAGUUUGUCAAAAAAUAAUUAAUAUACAAUCCAAUAUUCCUCAACAUCCUCCAUUAGAGUAUACUCUUCGACCGAUAACAACACUUUGCCCAUCAUAUCCACCUGAGAAAUCUAAUUAUAUUCAAUUGAAUCAACCAACUAUGUAUCGAUAUUUAUAUGAAUUGUUUUACUUUCGAAAAAAAUUAAAAGUACCUGUCAAUCCGAUAACGGAAGAGUCAAUAUUAAAAUAUUUCAAAGAUGAAUAUGCAGAAAUUCAACAACAACCAACAAAUACAGAAGAAUUAUUUAAAACGAGAAUGAUUAGAAUGUUUGGAUGGAUUUCAAAAAUUCGUCGCGGAGAUAUAGAUCAGAAGACAAUAACCGAACCAUUAGUCGAAACUGAUGAUAAAAUAUUAUUGCAAAAGACUCGUGAUGCUGCUGAACUACUUGAUUUACUUAUCGAGAAAGUAGAACUAAUCGAUAGUUUAAAUGAACAAGAUAUCGUAUAUUGGAAUGUCAAAGAUAUUAUUGCAGAUGACGAUAUUAAUCAACAAAGAAUUGAGAAAAAACUAUUGACCAGAGGCAAGCAAAAACGUAUUUUUUGCUGUGAUGAUAAAGUAGAAAAACAACCUUCAACACUAUGGAAUAAUCUUCUUAAACAAUCAAUCGAUGAACAGAAAACUAACACUUUAGUUUAUGCUGAUUUUACAUUUUGUUCAUAUUAUUUACCACAAGCAAAAACUUUAUCAUUGGAAAGUAUCGUUAUACGACAAAAAAGUAUAUGGGAAGAUCAAACUUUCAGUGCUGUAGAAUCAUUAUACGAUAGAUUAACUCUGAAUGAAUCAAAACUAACGAGCGAUAGGUAUAUUAACAUACUUCUUUUAGGUGAAUGUGGUGUUGGAAAAUCAACAUUUAUCAAUGCCAUUAUGAACUAUUUUCAGUUUGAUACUAUCGAAAAAGCUCGGAAUGGUCAACCUAUAGCUUUAAUACCUGUUGCAUUUACUCUCACUGUUGGUGAUGAAUUUAAUGAACGUCAUAUUCAAUACGGAGAUCUAGAUCUCAAUGAAGAUCAUUUUCAUCCAGGACAAUCAUUUACUCAACAAUGUAGAUCAUAUAUUUUUCCUAUUGGUAAACGAACAAAAAUUCGAUUCAUUGAUACACCUGGAAUGGGUGAUACUCGUGGAUUUAAUCAAGAUGAUGUUAAUCUUCAACAUAUUCUAUCAUUUAUUACUAAUCUAUCACAUUUAAAUGCUGUUUGUAUUUUUCUCAAGCCAAAUGAAUCAAGAUUAAAUAUUGUAUUUCGUUCAUAUUUUACUCGAUUGGUAGGAUAUUUAGGUGAAAAUAUUCGUAAUAAUAUUAUCUUUUGUUUUACAAAUACACGCGCAACAUUUUUUGCACCUGGUAAUACUGGACCUGUAAUGAAAAAGAUGCUUGCAUCACAUCAUAUCAAGAAUAUUUCAUUGAAGAAAGCAAAUACAUUCUGUUUUGAUAAUGAAGCAUUGAGAUAUUUAAUUGGUCUUAAAAAAAAAGUUAAAUUUGAUGAUUAUCAAAGAGAAGAAUAUAAACGUAGUUGGAUGAAAUCAGUCGAUGAAACAGUUCGUCUUCUUGAUUAUAUAUCCAAUAAUCUUAAACCCUAUACAGAAAGUGAUUGGCAAUCUGCUGAACAUGCAUAUUAUCUAAUUAAUCAAAUGAUUCGUCCAACAUUAGAAACAAUAAGAAAUAAUAUACGAAAUGCUGUAUUAUUACAAAAAGAUCCAUCAAAAUCAUUAAUACAGUUACAUCCAAAACCGACUCCUAAAACUGCAACUAUUUGUCUACAAUGUGAACGUUUUCCUGUACUUCAUUGUGAAUUUUGGAUUUUAUUUGAUGUAUUACAUCGUCUUUCAGAGAAAUGUGAUACAUGUGAAUGUGAUAUUUCAAAACAUACAAAACUACGCUAUGUACUUGAAUAUAAAACUUGGGAUGAUAAGAAAAAACCAUCUUUUGAUGAAACAAAAGAUAGUUUGGAUGAACUUUGGCAAUCGACUAUAAAAUUUGCAGAAUUUUUCAGGUAUAUUGUACUUAUUCCGAAAACAUCAGAUCCAAUCCUUGAUGCUAUUAAUCGAAUAAUUGCUGAAGAAAAACGUAUUUGUUUGAAAAAUAAACAAAAUGGUACCAAUAUAUAUUUGUACAACCAACUCAAACAAUUUCGAGAAGAAUACGAAAAAGUUUGGUCUGAUUCAUUGUCAAGUCGAAAGCAUAUAACACUACCAGAAGUAUACAAACAAAUAAAAAAUAUUAGUAAAGAUAGUACGGUUAAUGAACAAAUGAGUGUUAUCAAACAAGCACAGGAACAAUAUAUAAAUGAAUCAGAAAAACAAGUAACAUUUUAA